AUGGCAGCAGUCCGUUACGACACUCCGGAGAGCCGUGUGCCUAGCGACAACAAGCAACUUGUCCUGGAAGAUUACGUGUCGGAAUUGGUCGCGAGGGCUGUUCAAGCGGCAUCCAAGGACCGCGGCAUCGACCGUCUCGGUGCAGAUGACAAUCAUUCCGAGGUUGCCUCUUCGGCGGCGGUUACGCCGAAUACCCACGGCAUCUGUCUCCCGCCUAUCAUCAUCAAGACGAAGCCUGAGCCGCAUUUCAGAAAUGACUUCUUCGAGAUUGGCCCUUCCAAGAUUGCGGGCUGGGGCGCCUUUGCUUCCCGAGAACUAAGGCAUGGCCAGGUCAUCCUCAGGGAGGCUGCUCUGUUCACUGCCGAUUCCACCCGCUUGUUUAAGCAGUAUGAUCAGCUGCGGCCCGAGGAAAAACAAGUGGCGCUCAGCCUCCAUGCCAACAGCCUCGCUAAACCAGGAACUCCUCGGAUCCAAGCCAUCUGGGCUACCAACUGGCACGUCCUUCUUUUUCUUGGACCCUUCACCGUUGGCGGUCGGCAUGCUGGCCUGUUCCCCGUGGCUGCCCGGUUUAAUCACGCCUGCUUCCCGGGACAAAACAUCGAUUUCAAAUUCGAUGAUGAGUCUCGGUGCUUGAUUUUGACGGUGCGUGCAAGUAAGAUCGCGCUUGGUGAUGAGCUGAGCAUCAACUACGGAAGGGACCGAACGUUGGGUGAGCUGUACAUGACCUACGGCUUCAGAUGCAAGUGUGGAGGGUGUCCCGGGCUAAGCGAUCAGGAUGUUUUGAGACUUACAUCUCAGUGGUAG